CGAUGAAGCGGGGCUUGUUGCUCUUUGUUUUGGGGUGGCUCAAACUCCCGUGGCUCGUGGAUUGCUUCGUUGUUCACGUGAGUGAGAAUGCGGGAAAGGGCAGCGCGAUCGCCGGUCUGGAGCGAAGCGCCGCUUGCGCGCUGGAGCAGCUCAUCACGCCGCGCUUCGCCCGGAGUCUCCUGCGCCCGGAUGCGGGUGUUCUGACUCUUUCUGACGCUUUGAACUGCGACUCGGUUCUUCUGAACCCGUUCAGCGUGUACGCGGUCGCGGAGUGUUUGGAUAACGCGUCCGGUUUUAGACACCUCGUAACGAGUCGGUAUGAUGUGCACGUACACGGGAAGAACUGCGCGAGGGAACGCAAACGGGAAUCGAAUAACCUGGACGUGGAGAUUAUAAGUUUAACAGACGCGACUUCAAAGUGCCGCCAGGCGAACACUGCUGUUUUCCGGGUGUUUGGUGUGUUACCGGGCGACUGUAACGUAACCGGGACUUCAGCGCUUUAUAUCUCCAAAGGGAUGCUGUUCACUUCCGCUCCGCUGUGUUUCACUCGCGACUCGUUGCUGGAGUUUACGCUGCGCUGCGAAAGAGGCGCACGUCGUGGUUUCGCGCAUGCGCAUUGGCGCGUGGGCCGCGGCCCUUUCACGCAAGCGCACCUGAGGAAGUUACUGCAGCGGGCCGCGGGUUCGAACUCGGGUCUGCUGAGCAGAAGGAAGAGGAACGUCAACAAUAACCCUCAGUUCCAGCCUCCCAUGUAUCAGGUGUCCGUUGCGGAGAAUCAACCAGCUGGGACUUUUGUUGUUGUUUUAAAAGCAGUUGACCCGGAUGAGGGUGAAGCUGGAAGGCUGGAAUAUUUCUUAGAGGCAUUGUUUGAUAGUCGCUCCAACAAUCUCUUCACCGUCGACUCGUCAAGCGGAGUCGUUUCCACCGUGGAGAUACUAGAUAGAGAAACUAAGGACAUGCAUGUUUUUAGGGUCACGGCGGUUGAUCGUGGAACGCCACGACGUACGGCAAUGGCCACUCUUACUGUAACGGUUAGCGAUACGAACGAUCACGACCCCGUAUUUGAGCAGCAGGAUUAUAAAGAAAGCGUACGUGAGAAUCUGGAGAUUGGUUACGAGGUUCUAACUGUGCGCGCCACGGAUGGUGACGCUCCCGUUAACGGAAACAUCCUUUAUCAUUUGCUGAACAACAACAAUGGGACUAACGAUGUUUUUGAGAUCGAUUCCCGGUCUGGCGUUAUUCGCACGCGAGGACUGGUUGACCGUGAAACGGUCGAAUCCUAUGUGCUUCUAGUCGAAGCCAACGACCAAGGACGGGAUCCCGGCCCCCGAAGUGCAACGGCGACCGUCCACAUCAUCGUGGAGGACGAUAACGACAACGCGCCGCAGUUCAGCGAGAAACGCUAUGUCGUUAAGGUUCCCGAAGACUUGUCGCCCAACACUGAAAUCCUGCAGGUGACGGCGACAGACCAGGACCGCGGGAACAAUGCCGUUGUCCAUUUUAGCAUAAUGAGCGGCAACACAAGGGGCCAGUUUUACAUCGAUGCCCAAACGGGAAAAUUAGAUUUGGUGAGCCAGCUGGAUUACGAGAUGAAUAAAGAGUACACGCUUCGCAUUCGAGCGCAAGAUGGUGGACGCCCGCCACUCUCCAACAUCAGCGGUCUCAUCACAGUGCAAGUACUGGACGUUAACGACAACGCUCCGAUAUUCGUAAGCACUCCUUUCCAAGCUACAGUGCUGGAGAACGUUCCAGUUGGAUAUUCCGUCAUUCAUAUUCAAGCCGUAGACGCCGAUGCGGGAGAUAAUUCCCGUUUGGAAUAUCAUCUCACAGAGACCACGCCCAACUUCCCGUUCACCAUCAACAACAGCACCGGCUGGAUCGUCGUAGCAUCGGAACUGGACAGAGAAAGCGUGGACUUCUAUAGCUUCGGAGUGGAGGCGCGAGACCACGGAACGCCACCCAUGUCCUCGUCCGCUAGCAUCAGCAUGACUAUUCUAGACGUCAACGACAACAACCCUGAGUUCACACAAAAGGCCUACUACAUGCGUCUGAACGAGGACGCGGCUGUAGGAACGAGCGUCGUCACCGUGUCCGCCAUCGAUCAGGAUAUUAACGGCGUUAUUACGUAUCAGAUCUCGACUGGGAAUACGAGAAACCGUUUUUCCAUCACUAGCCAGAGCGGCGGAGGCCUGAUUACACUCGCGCUACCGUUGGACUAUAAACUGGAAAGACAGUACGUCCUCACCGUAACGGCGUCUGACGGCACGCGCUUCGACACCGCUAAGGUUUACGUUAACGUAACGGACGCUAACACGCACAGGCCGGUUUUCCAGAGCUCGCAUUACACGGUCAACAUCAACGAAGACCGGCCUGUCGGGACGAUCGUAGUGAUGAUUAGCGCAACGGACGAGGACACGGGCGAGAACGCUCGAAUCACGUACUUCAUGGAUGACAGCAUCCCGCAGUUUAACAUCGACCCGGAUAGCGGUGCGGUAACCACGCAGAUGGAGCUGGACUACGAAGAUCAAGUUUCUUACACGCUCGCCAUCACGGCUCGAGACAACGGCAUCCCGCAGAAAUCCGACACCACUUACUUGGAGAUCCUGGUGAACGACGUGAACGACAACUCGCCCGUGUUCCUUCGUGACCGUUACUUGGGCUCAGUCUUGGAGGACAUUCCCACCUUCACCAGCGUCCUGCAGGUGUCCGCGACCGACCGAGACUCGGGCCUCAACGGACGCGUCUUCUACACGUUCCAGGGCGGAGAAGACGGAGAUGGAGACUUCAUCAUCGAGUCCACGUCGGGGAUCGUACGAACCCUGCGACGCCUUGACCGAGAAAACACGCCCGUUUAUAACCUCCAAGCCUUCGCGGUGGAUAAAGGUGUUCCGCCGCUCAAGACGCCGGUUGAUAUCCAGGUGACCGUUUUAGACGUAAAUGACAACCCGCCUGUGUUCGAGAAAGAUGAGUUUGAUAUCUUCGUAGAAGAGAACAGUCCCAUCGGGCUCGUGGUGGCCCACAUAUCUGCGUCAGACCCAGAUGAAGGCAGCAACGCUCAAAUCAUGUACCAGAUCGUCGAAGGCAACAUCCCUGAGGUCUUCCAACUGGACAUCUUCUCCGGCGAGCUCACCGCUCUGACCGACCUUGACUACGAGACGCGUUCGGAGUAUAUCAUCGUAGUUCAAGCCACGUCUGCGCCGCUGGUCAGCAGAGCCACGGUCCACAUCAAACUCAUCGACAAGAACGACAACGUCCCCGUCCUCAAGAACUUCCAGAUUAUAUUUAACAACUACGUAACCGAUAAGACCAACAGCUUCCCGUCGGGUGUGAUUGGCCGGAUCCCGGCUCACGACCCGGACAUCUCCGAUCAGCUCCACUACAGCUUCCAGGCUGGAAACGAGCUGAAUUUGGUGCUUCUGAACCAGAGCACCGGAGAGAUCCGACUCAGCCGAGCCCUGGACAACAACAGACCGCUGGAGGCGUCCAUGAAGAUCUCCGUCUCGGAUGGCGUUCACUCGGUGUCAGCUCAGUGUCUGCUGCAGGUCACCAUCAUCACGGACGAGAUGCUCUCCAACAGCAUCACGCUGCGAUUGGCCGACACGUCGCAGGAGCGCUUCCUCUCGCUCCUAUUGGCUCAGUUCCUGGAGGGCGUGGCCCGCGUUCUCUCGGCGUCCCGUGAAGACGUGGUGGUCUUCAACAUCCAGGACGACACAGACGUCAGUGCCGGCAUCCUGAACGUCAGCCUGUCGGUGGCGGCCCCGGGUCACGGGGUCAGCAGCGGAGGUCAGGUGGAGUUCUUGGGGUCGGAGGAGCUGCAGGAGCGUCUGUAUCUGAACCGCAGCCUGCUGGCGCAGAUCUCCUCGCAGGAGGUGCUCCCGUUCGAUGACAACAUCUGCCUGCGCGAGCCGUGCGAGAACUACAUGAAGUGUGUAUCCGUGCUGAAGUUCGACAGCCUGGCGCCGUUUGUGGCGUCCGACACCAUCCUGUUCCGGCCGAUCCACCCGAUCGCAGGGCUGCGCUGCCGCUGUCCGCUCGGCUUCACGGGCGACUACUGCGAGACGGAGAUCGACCUGUGCUACUCCAAACCCUGCGGCGCUCACGGCGUCUGCCGCAGCCACGAGGGAGGCUUCACCUGCCAGUGUCUCCACGACUACACAGGUGAGCGAUGCGAGAUCUCGUCGCGCUCGGGCCGCUGUGCCGAGGGCGUGUGUAAGAACGGCGGGACGUGUCUCAAUCUGCUGGUGGGCGGCUUCAGGUGCGAGUGUCCUCCCGGAGGCUUCGAGAAGCCCUUCUGCCACAUGAGCUCCAGGAACUUCCCUCCGCAGACCUUCAUCACCUUCAAGGGUCUCCGGCAGCGCUUCCACUUCACGCUCUCGCUGUCCUCUCUCUCUCUCUCUCAGCCCGUCCUGAACCGCGCAGGUCUCCCUCAGGGCCCAUCCGAUCAGAAGUUCGUCGUGGUGACGGUGGACGAUUGCGACACGUCGGUGGCUCUGCGCUUCAGUCACGUGAUCGGAAACUACUCGUGCUCCGCCCAGGGCAGCCAAUCAGGAUCCAAGAAGUCUCUGGAUCUGACGGGGCCACUGCUGCUGGGCGGCGUUCCCAAACUCCCCGAGGACUUUCCCGUCCGGAGCCGGCAGUUCAUCGGCUGCAUGAAGGACCUGCGCAUCGACCAGCGGCACAUCGACAUGGCCGGAUUCAUUGCUAAUAACGGAACCCUAGCCGGAUGUUCUGCGAAGCGUCAUUUCUGCAGCACUAACCCGUGUCUGAACGGCGGCAGCUGCGUCGAUCUGUGGGGUUCGUUCCGAUGCGACUGUCCGCUGGGAUUCGGAGGACGAAACUGCGAGAAAGUGAUGCCCAACCCCCUGCGUUUCCAUGGUAAUGGCCUGUUGUCGUGGCGGGAUCUGGCCUCCAAGGUAACGGUUCCGUGGCACCUGGAGUUCAUGUUCCGCACGCGACAGCCGACGGCGACGCUGAUUCAAAUCAGUUCAGCGCAACAGCACAACCUCACCAUACAGCUGAGGGAGGGUUACGUGUUGACGUCGGUCCAGCGCGGCGAGGACUCCACCGUGUCUCGUGUUGAUGAUGUCACAGUGAGCGAUGGCCAAUGGCAUCAUCUGUUGCUGGAGCUGCGGGGCCCCGCGGCGGGCGGCGUAACGGCGGCGCUGAGCCUCGACCACGGCCUGUACACGUCGUCUAUGGAUCUGGACUCUAAGCUGAAGGGUGUUAAACUUAAGACUGUGAGUGUCGGCGGAAUCACAGACAGCAGGAAUAAAGUCAUCAGUGGAUUCAGAGGAUGUGUUCAGGGUUUGCGUCUGGGUGACUCCGCCUCGGUUCCCGUGUUUCCCAGCAUGCACCAGGCUGAUGUGGUGAACGUGGAGUCGGGCUGCAGUCUGCCGAACCCCUGCGGGUCGAACCCGUGUCCGGCUCACAGCGACUGCAGCGACGACUGGGACACACAUUCCUGCAGAUGCCACAGCGGUUACUACGGCAACAACUGCAGUGACGCCUGCGCUCUGAACCCCUGCGAGCACCAAUCAGCAUGCAGCAGGAAGUCAAGCUCCGCCCACGGAUACACGUGUAACUGUCCCAGCAGCUACUUCGGCCAGUACUGCGAGAAAAAGUACGAGUGUUUCCUGACGUGUGCAGAGAUUCACGGCGCUGACAAUCACUUCCGGCCUGCGGCGAGCGCGGCGUGUCUGCUGUGCGACUGCUACGCCGUGGGCGCGUUCUCGCGCUCCUGCGACCGGGACAGCGGUCAGUGUCCGUGUAAGCCGGGUGUCAUCGGGCGGCAGUGUGACCGCUGUGAUAACCCCUUCGCUGAGGUCUCUUCCAGCGGCUGUGAAGUCAUCUACGACAGCUGUCCGCAGGCCAUCGAAGCAGGAAUCUGGUGGCCGCGGACCAAGUUCGGUUUACCAGCGGCCGUCUCGUGUCCGAAAGGAUCCAUGGGAACUGCGAUCCGUCACUGCGACGAGCACAAGGGCUGGCUGUCUCCGAACCUCUUCAAUUGCACGUCUGUGAGCUUCAGUAAACUCAAGACACUGUCGGAGCGUUUGGGGCGUAACGCGUCUCUGAUGGAUUCCGGUAACGUCCAGCAGAUGGCGGCGCUGCUGAGUAACGCAACGAGGAACGCGAGACAGUUCUACGGCAGCGACGUGAAGAUCGCGUAUCACCUGACGCGCGCCAUACUGCAGCACGAGAGCAGCCAGCAGGGCUUCAACCUCACCGCCACGCAAGACGUCUUGUUUAACGAGCACCUGAUGCACGUGGGCAGCGCUAUACUGUCGGCGGAAACGCGCGGACACUGGGAGCUCAUCCAGCAGACGGAGGGAGGCACGGCCGCACUGCUGCGACAGUUCGAGGAGUAUACGAACACGCUCGCGCAAAACAUGAGGAAGACCUACCUGAGCCCCUUCACCAUCGUCACACCCAACGUCGUCAUCUCCAUCGAUCGUUUGGAGAAGAUGAAUUUCGCCGGCGCUAAACUGCCGCGUUACGAGUCUCUGCGCGGGCCACGCCCACUCGACCUGGAGACGGCCGUCACUCUUCCCGACUCGGUCUUCAUCCCUGCCCCCGAGGGCAAAGGUCAGCGGCACCACAGCGAGCAAAUCGCAGAGUCCGGCAGAAACCACACGGCCAAUCGGAAGAAACGUCACCCGGACGAGCGCGAGCAGGACGCCGUCGCCAGCGUCAUCAUCUUCCACAGCCUAGCGGCGCUGCUGCCGGAGCGAUACGACACCGACAAGAGGAGCCUCAGGGUUCCCAAGCGUCCGGUCAUCAACACUCCUGUGGUCAGUAUAACGGUUCAUGAUAACGAGGAGCUGCUGCAGCACACGCUGGAUAAACCCAUCACGGUGCAGUUCCGCCUGAUGACCACUGAGGAGCGCUCUAAACCCAUCUGUGUGUUCUGGAACCACUCCAUAGUCGCUGGCGGUCCGGGCGGCUGGUCUUCUAAGGGUUGUGAGGUGGUCUUCAGGAACAACACACACAUCAGCUGUCAGUGUUACCACAUGACCAGCUUCGCCGUGCUCAUGGACAUCUCACGCCGAGAGUUCCUGUGUACGGUGAUGGCCAUCCUGCUGCACUUCCUCUGGCUCUGCGUCUUCUCCUGGCUCUUCCUGGAGGGGCUGCAUGUGUACCGCAUGCUGAGCGAGCUGCGCGACAUCAACUACGGCCCCAUGCGCUUCUACUACCUGAUUGGCUGGGGCGUGCCGGCCUUCAUCACGGGUCUGGCGGUGGGACUGGACCCCGAGGGCUACGGGAACCCCGACUUCUGCUGGCUCUCGCUCUACGACACCCUCAUCUGGAGUUUGGCGGGUCCCGUCGCGUUCGUCGUGUCGAUGAAUGUGUUCCUGUACAUCAUGGCGUCGAGAGCCUCGUGUUCGCUCCAGCAGAAGAGCAGCGAGACCAGAGACGUGCCGGCGGCGGGUUUGAGGACGGCGUGUGCCGUGUUGCUGCUGGUGACCAUAACGUGUCUUUUGGCGUUGCUCUCGGUCAACAGCGACGUGAUUCUCUUCCACUAUCUGUUCGCCGGAUUCUGCUGCGCUCAGGGGCCGUUUAUUUUCUUCUUCCGUGUGGUGUUCAAUAAAGAAGCGAGAGACGCCAUGCGCUACUGCUGCGGCAAGAAACGCCCCGAUCACAUGAUCAAAUCCAAACCAUCCCCGUUUAUCUGCAACAGUAAUUUUGUGGACGGACGUCUGUAUCAUCUGCCGUUCGCUGAGUCCAGUGUGUCUCUGAACGGAACCCAGAGCAGCCAAACCCAUCAGAACUACAUGCCCUUCAGCCUCCGCGGAGACGAUCUGAACAGCAGUCAGCUGAGUCUGAGUGAACACAACACACUCUUCAAAGACAAAGAGCAGAUAGACGAUCACGACUCAGACUCUGACAGCGAUCUCUCGGAGCUGGAGGAUGAUCAGAGCGGCUCCUAUGCGUCCACACACUCGUCUGACAGCGAGGAAGACGAGGGCGAGUUCCCGCAGGAGGAAUGCUGGGAGAAUCUGGCCACCAGCGGCCCCAUCAAACCUCACGAUGUGUGGGAGGGUGAGACGGGAGCAGCAGACGAGCGUCUGAAGGUGGAGGCGCUGUCCAAACCCGAGGACAGAGCAGAGGAUCAUGGGACGGAAAACCUGCUGCUGCUGCUGGCCAGUUUACCCAACACCAGCGCACCGCCACACAAAGGAAUCCUGAAGAAGAAGCAGCUGUCGCCCAUCGCCGAGAGGAACGCCAUCAAUCACAUACACAACCAGCUGUCUGGAGACUCCGCCUCCUCACGGGGCCCCUCCUCCAGCGAGGGCCGAGGGGGUGGGGCUAGACAGGAUUAUCAGAAUGGGGCGUCCACGAGCGGAAUGAGGAAAAUGCUCGACAACGACUCGUCUGAAUCUGAGUGA